AUGACCAACGGCUAUCUGCUGCUGCAGCGUGCUGCUGCUACUGUGGCUCCCCUGUGCUGCUGCUGCACAGCGGCGACCAGAGCAGCAGCAGCAGCAACAGCAGCAGCAGCAGCGAAGGAAUCAGCAGCAAAUUUACACGUCACUCCAGGGUGUGUAGGCAGAAGAUGUAAGGAUCUGCAGCAGUGGCGCCGCGCAGCGACUCCAGUUGCUGCUGCUGGUGCUGCUGCUGCUGCUGCCGCAGCAGCACGUGUUCCCAGUGUUACUGCUGUUGCUACUAGCUUGGCGGGUUUAAGGCAGCUGGCGACUGCAGCAGCAGCAGCAGCAAAAGCAGGAGGUACUCCUUCGGACGGUCGGCAGCAGCAGCAGCUGCAAGAGCAGCCAACACAAGCAGCUGAAGGUGCAGCAAUUGAAGCAGCAGCAGCAGCAGCAGAAACUAGAGCAGCAGAACGAGCAGCAGGAAAAGGAGCAUCGGGGCUGCAGCAGCAAAAUGCGGCAGCAGCUAUAGCGGCGCCAAAGAAGCUAAAGAAGAAAAAGCAGUUUGCUGCUGCUGCAGCACCUGCUGCAGAAACAGUAGCGGCUGCUGGUGCUGCAGUUAGAGAGGAAGAAGCAGCAGCAGCAGAAGAUUCGUCUGCUUCCCAAGAGCGAGCAGCAGCAGCAGCAGCAGCAGCAGCAGCAGCAGCACUAGAGACUGCAGCGGCAAGUGCGGCGGCUCCUGCAGAGGCAGGAGCCUCAAGGGCAGCAGCAGGAGGCGCAGCAGACGCAGCAGCAGACGCAGCAGCAGACGCAGCAGCAGACGCAGCAGCAGACGCAGCAGUAGCUGCAGGAGCAGCAGCAGCAGCAGCUGCAGGAGCAGCAGCAGCAGCAGGUGCAGCAGCAGCAGCAGGUGGCGCCCGUUUGUCUGUGUACGAGCGCUUCCCGUCGAUGGCAGCAGCAGCAGCAGAAGCACCUUUAAAAGUCUGUCUUUCUCGUUUUGCUGCUGCAGCAAAGCAGCAAAACAAAAAGACAAAAGCAGAAGCUUGGUCUUCUUACGAGGGCUGGCCUCCGCGCUCCAGAAUCCGCAUUGGCGACGAACACUCCAGGUUUGGCCCCCUGGGGCGGGAGUUGUUUGUGUUUAGCAGAACCACAGGGGGGGGUUUAAAGCGAGAAGCAGCUUUAGGGUUUUGCUGCAGCAAAAGGCUCGUGCUGCUGCUGAACCAGGAGGAGUUUGAGGCCCUCGUGCUGCUGCUGCCUUGGAUUAAACACCACCUCGCAGAGACCAAGAAGCUCAUCUAA